UGUUGUUGUCAUAUACCAUUGCUGCAGACUGGUAAGUGUCUAGGUCGUCAUGGACCGCGUACAACGCUAAGUCAGCCUUGGCUCUAGGAAGGUGUUGAUACAUCGGUUAGAAGCGCCAUAAUAACAGACCUGUUGCUGCGGGAGGGAGCCGUCUGCGUGUGAGGACAACACAGGGGGUGGGGGCUAACCAUAUAGUUCUGUUUCAGAGCGGCCCAAGUCCCUAGUACGCGAUACCGACGAAAGGGCCGACCAGGAGAAACUUCGGCAUCUACUGCCCUGUAGAGAGAACACGCCCAACGCUCCGGCGGGGAGGGUGUAGCAGCUUGCCUGUCAUCCUUGGGUUUCCUCCGUCUACCCGCGGGCAUCACCGUGGGGAAGUGCUGGACACGACGGAGCUGUCGAUUCGAGCGGGUUUCUCGGCAGCGAUACCAGACAGGAGCAGCUCGAUGAGGACCACCACCCUAGACUCGCCUGCCGACUCCGAGGGAACCGAGUUCUUCGACGCGCACGAGGCCAUGCCGUGGACGCCCGAGCCGCCCACGCGCCAGUCGCCCGCGGCCAUCUCUGCCAGGAGGAUGCAGCUGGCGCUGUGGCCGGAACCAGAACUUGAAGAGGGAGUACUGAGGGCAGGGUUUGGCAUCAAUGGAGCCAACUCCCAACCUCCUCCGGCGGACCUACACACACACCAACCAAAGGCGGCGAUCGUGACCAGCAGGGCCUCCAGCCUGCGGUCUCUGUUUCCUUCCAAAGAGCCGGUGCUCCAGCCCCAGGGCUGGAAGGCGAUCGACUCCAACACCUACGCCGGCGCCGGCGGCGGUGCGAACGCCGACCACAGCCGCCGAAGUGCGGAGUCCAGCACGCAGAGCUACAGCAGGUCCGACAGCCUGGGAGACGUAGACGACUCUUCCACCGCCUCCGGUACCACCGGCACCGCGGAAGACGGGUGGGACAAUGAGCACGGUUCCGACGUCGAUGUGGAAGAGCCCUCCGGGGUGGGGGAGGAGAUCGGCGGUGGCGAGAGGUCUCUGGCGGCGGUGACGGCGGCGGCGGCGGCGGCAGCAACGGCGGCGGCGCCUUCAAAAGGGUGCUCUCUUCGCCGUCGGGUAUUGGGCAGCGCAAGGAUCCUCAACAAGCAGCACGAAAGACGGGCCAGCAAGACAGCGAGCAUCGGCAGGCGGACGGGGUCGCACACGGUGGCGGGGGCGGCGGCAGAUGGCGUCACCCCCUCCUUCGACCCGGGCGCCACAUCCCCAGGCGGAAUCCCAGCACCUGCGAAGGACGCUACUGCCGAGGUGGGCGAGCUACCGGCAGACAAGCAUGAUUCCAGGUCUCGCUCCAAAUCGCAUCCUUGCAAAAGGACGUGCAGCUACAGGUUGCGGCGUGGAGGGAAGGGUCGGCCGAAGAGUGACGGGAGGACCACCAAUCGACCACCGGCAGUACACGUGAAGCAGCACGGGAGGGGUUGUGGCAAGGGCAAAGACUGGCGGUCGAUGCACAUGGUGCAAUGUCUCCGGUACCACGAGGGCCCGAUAUGGACGAUGAAGUUCAACGUGCACGGAACACGAUUAGCAACCGGAGGUCAAGACGGGAAGGUCGUAAUCUGGGAUCUAGCUGUCCCUCCAGGCUCAACAGCAGCAGCGGCAACCGAGGUUGAACGCGAUGGCAGCGAGGGUGCUUCCCCCCCGAAGGAGGACGGUGGGGUGGACGCCAACCCCAACGGCGGUGCCCACGCGCACGAGAGUAGUUCGUCGGGCGUUGAGACCAGCUCUACCGUAGAGGGGGAAGGGUCAAGAGAGACGCUUCGCAAGACGGAGUCGAUGUCGUGUGCCUCGACCAUUCUGAGCGACGACGGGGCUGCGUCGGUUGGGGAUGGUAGCUCGGACCUGGGCCUGAGUGGCAGCAGCGAAGAAAGGGGGGACAUUUGGUCGGGGUCCGAGGUGUUUGCCCCGACUCCCGUGCGGGUGUUCGAGGGGCACAAGAGCGACGUCGUCGACCUGAGCUGGAGCCACUCGGACUUCCUGUGCUCGGCCAGUAUUGAUCACACCGUCAUGCUGUGGCACCCGAUCAGGAAGGAGCGCCUCGGAACGUUCACGCACCCUGACUUCGUGACUUCGGUACAUUUCCAUCCGCUCGACGAUCACAUCUUCUUGACUGGAUGCUUUGACAAGCGUCUGCGGCUGUGGAAGAUCCCGGAUGGCAGGGUGGUUGACUGGGUGCAAUGCCAGGACAUGGUGUCUGCAGCUAGCUUCUCGCCAGAUGGGAAGCUGGCCGCAGCGGGGCUGUACAACGGCAGGGUCAUGUUCUACCACACCACCGACCUGCGCUACUACACCCAGAUCCACUGCCGCAAUCGCCACGGAUCCAAACGCCGAGGCAAGAAGGUGACCGGGCUCGAUUUCAUCGAGACCUCGCGGCUGCACCCCUGUGGGGAUGCGGCUGCCGGUUCGGCUGCAGCGGGAAACAAGGUUGGAGGGGCGGGGUGCCCAGUGGCUGCAGCAGUAGCAGCAGGAGGGGACGGCGUUGUGGAGAACAGGCAGCAGCAACAGCAGCACUUGAGGGGGGGUAAGGCGGAUAGCAUGUCGUCCCAGUAUAGCCUGCUGACAACGACGAACGAUUCUCGGUUACGGGUCUACGACCUCGACAACUUCGCCAUGACGUCCAAGUUCAAGGGCCUCGUGAACGAUGGGAUACAGAUCAAGGCGAGCUUUAGCACGGACGGCAUGUUCGUGGUGUCCGGAUCGGAGGACGGCCAGGUUUACUUGUGGAACUCGAAGCAGCGUCGGCAACGAACAGCCCGUUCCGUUCCCAGCUGCAACGGCGGCGGUGGCCACGCCGCUGCUGGUUGCGUUGCUGCUGCAGUUCCUGGCCCUCCUCCCGCGUGUUCGGCUUCGAACACCGCGGCCACCGCGACGGCCCCGGCGACACUCGUCAAGUCUAGAACGUCGUCGUCUUUCGAUGUGCAGUGCGCGACGCUGCCGCAGGUGGCCACCGCAGCGGCUUUCCUACCGACCGCUGCUCUAGAAGCCGCGCGCCUCGCAGCAGCCGGUGGCGUAGAGCACGACGGCUCUUCCGCCGACGUCAAACAAGGGGCGAAGGGAUGGCGAGGGGGGGUGCACCAUUCUCCGCCGAUGCCAGCGGCUACCCGUGCCACCGGGGAUGCCCAAGAGGGCGGCGAUGGAGGCGGUGGGCACCAUACCUCGCGACGAAGGUGGUCGUUCACCGGGUACGCGCGGUCUGUGGCAGCCGGGGCGGGAGCUGGGGCACAUCCCAAGACGUUGCCGCAGGCGACGACCGGCGCCGGCAAGGCGGAGAGCGCGGCAAUGCGACCUCACGUAUCAGAACCUUGGAUAAACAAAAACGGUUCGCCAGGGACCGUGAAUGCGGCUGAGGCAUCGAUGGCGCUAGGCAGCGAGAUCGCUGCCCAACAACACGUGGGGAGUCCUGAAGCGACUCCAAUUGCCCCGGGACAAAGUUGUGGGGCGUUCCCUGGAGGGGAGGGAAUGGUGAAGGCUGUUGUCUCCGCAGAUUUGAAUGGGGAAAUAAAGAUUUUUCUUGGUGUCGUUGGAAGGUUAGAAGGAUUCGGGUGAUCUGGGUCCCACCCGCGAGUGCGUAGUAUUUGACCAAUUUGAUGGCGGUGUUGGAGGGUUUGCUCUUGGGCGUGUGCGUGUUUUGGACUCGAAAGUAGGCCAGGAGUAUCGUCGCGUGUUGCAAGCGGUGCCGUCUGCGCAAGUGUAGAAAAAUGUUUAGUUUUGUUUCUGUUGUUGAUGCACGCGAGUCUUGGCGGUGUACGGCCUCCUGACCCUGCGAUGUUUCCAUCCAUCGGUUCCCUUACUGUUCGUCUAAACCGGCAACGUAAAGUACAGGAGUAUGCAUGUUGGCGAUCUUGUCUUGUCUGAAUGUACCAGGGGGGAGUGUUGCGUGGUUGCCGCCUGAAAGGUAGCAAGUGCACCCAAGCACGCAAGGUGUAUGGUGGUUAUAUAGAUCUGUUGUGUAAAUUGCCUUUUUUGUUUUUCUCCCAUCAUUGGAUUCUGUCGUCUGCCCGUCUGGCCCCUAUCCUCCACUUCCACCAGCUAGACAACCCAACCGGGGUCACACAGGAGGGGGGGGUUGGACCCCCUCCUGCGGUUCCUGCCUGAGAUAUUUUUAUCGCGAGAAGGGUACAGCAAUUCCUUCCCUCGCGACUUGUGAAGUCGAUCAAGUUUACUAACAACGAGCUUUGCAGCGCGUCGCUUCCAACGGAGACCAGGAUUUACGUCUGUGUCCCGCGCGAGCCAAUUUUCUUCGAUAAACAAGGAACACCGAUCGACCGGAAUCUCGCUCAGCUUCUUCCCGCUUUUGGGGUCGCCCGCCGUGCUUGGGUUGCCUGGCGGCAUGUUUGUUAUUCGUGGCCAAACCUGCAGCAGCGUGCCCCUACUCGUUGCGCAGGUACUUAUGCACUCUACAAGGCUUCUGAUCUUUCGUGGUUUGGCAGUGCUAAGAUAACAUUAUCCUGGCUUCAGUUUUGUGCGUGUGAUGGUGGGUGUACAUGGUCGCGGUCGCCCUCAGUGAUGAGGUUUUGUAGAAAGGAAGCGUUGUGGCACCGCCACCGCGUUAUGAUAGCAUUGUGUACGGGAGCGAGAACUUUGACGCCUACAGCAGUACGCCACGCAAGGAGAGCUUGCGUGUUGUUCUGCUUAUUUUUUAUAUUUGUGCGUAUGGACUUUGUGUGUUUUGGAGCGGAGAGACUUCGAAUCCGUUCCCACCGCCUUGUGCUGUCCCGCUGUUUCGUGUGCUUCUUGUCGAGGGUAAAAGUUACGUUGUAGACUGUCUGGUGUCGUGUUGUAGCGCGUCGCUGUGCCUGUGUCAUGCUUCCCUUCAGGCCCUUCGGGAUAUUAUUUAUGGUUUCUAACAGCAACAGCAGUUUGUUGUUCGUGCCCCUUGUCGGUCCGGUCUUGAGUAAUUUUUCGAAUAUGUCUCUGUUGGUUGUGUGUGUUCGGUUGAUAUGUAUGUGUCUCCCAUGACGGGUACUAUAAUAGACGGCAAUUUCCAAAGUGUGAUUCGAUCCAACUUGCUUGAUGCUGAUACGAAUGGAUGGUAUGUAUUCAAGGGGGCGAAAAGUUCCGAGACAUGCUUCUUUCUCAGCAGUAAAUACAUUUAUGCUUGCUCACGAUAUGUAACUGCGAUACUAGGGGGGGAAGAGCGAGAGCUUUCCAAGAGUUGUAGGAGAAUCGAUGCAAAGCACCGUUAGUAUCGGCAUAUCGCAAAACCUCCCUUGACAGAUGGUAGCCUACCUGCUUCUGUAUAAGGAAUCGAGACGCUGCUACAUGAGCGAUCUACAUUCAGGCAGGUCCCUCAGUGGUGCCGGUUGAAUGGUGCCUAUGCCCGGUAUCGGUGGAACCUCUCAGGGCACGAGUGUCCAUUCCUGUACUCAAAACCUACUGGUACAGUCUAUCCCUGUUCUGAAUAGUGCCGGUCCCUCUUGUGAAAAGUAUGCCGGUGAACUUGUCUUUAGCGGCACUACUGAGGGGGCCCUCUACUUACUGCAGUCCCCAGGUAGAUGUGGCUUCCAGUAAGGGCCCGGGGAUAAGAACCGUCAAAAUCGGGUUGAGCCUAGUCUAGUCCCUUACUUUUUGAGUCGAAGGACCAGCCGAAGGACCAACCUUCCUUGCACAAGCAAAUGCAACGCCGUUGGAACUAUAGUGUAUGUAGAUGCCGGAACAAGCGGCAAUCAACGUACAGUCGUCCCCGCUUUGAAGACACUCUUCUUAAGGAAACUCCCCGCUAUAAAAGACACAAUUUUUCCCCAGAACAUGGUGCCCCGCAGAUGUACAAUAAUAUAGGGGGGUAUCGUUUCCACUAUGCGGCCCCCCCAAAAAAUUUUGCUCUGGGGCAGCAAAUCUGUCAUGCUGUAAGGCAUUGUAACAUCGACAGCGGUCUGCUGCAGCCCGCACUACUGCGUGUGGGUAUGGAGAGAUUCCUCCCAUCUGCUGGCGGGUCGUCAGCUGCCGGCUUGAGGCCAUGUGGCGAACCCACGUGCCAGCAAAAGUCUCAACUCGUG